AUGAACGGUAGUGUGGGGGUGGCCGCGCACAACGCGCAGAUGUGGCGGCGCUCACCAGAGCUGCAGUCAGUCAGAGACCCCUCAUCCCCGUGCGUCCCGGAGGACGCCGGAAGUGCUGUCGAGUCGAAAGAGAAAGUUGUACGCAUUGUGAUGGGUUCGUUGUCAGUAGUGGAUUGGGUGCGCAGCCAGUGGCUACUGUGGCUCUUUGUGCUCAGCAUAGGCAUGGCGUAUUACCGUCCCACCUCUAUGGACAUCGCCACCAGUGCCUGGAGUCGCAUUCUCGUAUUUGCAUCAUUUACACUCAGCGGCGCAUCGUUUCCUGACCUUGAUAAGAGCGUCACAUUGCGCUUCAUUGGCCCCGCCAUCGCCGUGGGCAUCAUGAACUUUAUCAUCUCCCCUAUUUUGGGUAUAGUAGUUUACACGAUACUUCAUGGCAACAGCGAGACCCACUAUUUAUUCGUUGGAUUGAUGUGCGCGUUUUGCCUCCCCCCGUCUGCUAUUCUUUCUGUGGCAGCAUCCCGUUCAUCGCAGGGAAACGAGGCUCUCGCACAGUCCCUCAGUGCCAUCGGAAAUUUUAGUGGGGUUAUUGCUUCGCCGUUACUCAUGUUGGCAUGUAUCUCGCUCUCGCAUUAUGCCAAACUUCCGAGUACCGUUGAUAUGUUGCUUUUCCCAGUAACUGUCAUUGGUCCCUUUUUGAUUGGGAUCUUGGCGCAGAAGGGCUUUGCGUGGGUGUCACAUCGUCGCAUCACAGGGGAGGAUCGUAACGAUACUCGCUUCAACAAGGCUGAAGUAGUGCGUUCUGAACUGUGUGAUGGCAGUCUCGUGCACUGGCGACAACGUGCAGUUCAGAUGAAUUGUUUUGUGAUGCUCUUAUUGAACUAUUUUAUGUUUAGCUCUUUCUUCACCCAGCCGCUUGCCCCAGGUUUGUUAACAUGGCGAGGGGUUGGGCUUGUGGCGUCUCUGGAGCUUGCGAUAUACGCUGUGCUAUGUCUCGUUGGUUGGCCGUUGGCCUCGAUGAUCACUGCCACACCCGAGGAGCGUAUUGCGGUAUUCUUUGCCUUGGUUACGAAGUCUGAAGUGCUUGUCGUCCCGAUCAUACUGCACCUCUUCCACGAGAAUCGACAAGCGGCUGUGAUACUGCUUCCCUCGCUGCUGUAUCAUCUUGUCCAAGCAUUUGCUACAGGCGUGCUGAGUUUUCCGAUACGACGGUGGCGGUAUCGCUACAACUGCCGCCCUGGCACGACACUGCUGCCACUGCGGCUAAGCAAAACAGCACGUGCUUCUUCAGGGAAAUCGUAG